CAUCAAGGGUUCUGGGCUGGACGUCAGUGUCCCGCAGCGCACGGAUUUUUCACUUUCAGCACCAAACCUGUUCAGUCUGCGGCAGGAGCGCUCUCUGGUCAGAAUCUACUGCAAAAUCUUCCCCUUACCAAACGCCAUCUUGUGACAUUAGGUGCUUUUAUUGUAAAGGUAAAAACCACCUACACUGAUUUGGAAAUACGUGAAGUAGCCGCCCUCGUGAAUAAUGGUGAAGCUGGGGAGUAACUUGAAUGAAAAGAAUGCCAAGCAGUCUUGUAGCGAUGAUAAUUUUCACACCGUCCCUUUGAUCACACCCUUGGAUGUGAAUCAUCUGCAGUUCCCCGCUCCAGACAAGGUGGUGGUGAAAACGAGAACCGAAUUCCAAUCGGAUCAAAAGAACAAAGGGAAACUGCGGGUACCCAAAAUAGCUGAGUUCACCAUCAGCUUCAACGACGGAGUGUCGGAAAGGCUCAAGGUUACCAUACUCAUUUUUCUUGCUCUUGCAUUUCUUGCCUGCAUUGUAUUUCUCGUGGUAUACAAAGCCUUCACCUACGAUCACAGUUGCCCAGAUGGAUUUGUGUAUAAGCAUAAACGCUGUAUACCAGCAUCUCUUGAAGCCUACUACUCAGCACAAGAUUCAACUUCCCGAGGGCGGUUCUACACAGUCAUCAGCCAUUACAGCCUGGCUAAACAGACCACCUCCCGAUCAGUUUCUCCAUGGCUGCCUGCUACAUCAGCUGAGAAGCCAGCAGAACAUGAUUCAAAAUCCUCAACCAGUGACAGUCACUGAGCAACUUCCCCUAUGGUGAUGGUUUUUUUUAAAACAUAAAACCAAGUGAAAGAUGUUAACAUUGCUAAUAAUGGGACUGUUGUUGCAGUUCCAAAAUGAAGCAGUAUUUGGAACAUACAAUAGUUGUUUCUUUUGUCCCUUGUCUUUGUUGAUUUGUAAUUGAUUCUGAAGUUCUUUUGUACAAAGGCAUGUUUGGUGUUGCUGCAGUUCAUAUUAUAAACUCAUUUUUAAAUAGGUAACUUGAAGGAACAUUUCGUCAAUAACUUCUUAUUGUUUGAUUGAAUUUCAAGAAUAAUCUCACCAAGUGUCCAGUGAGCCUCUCUGCUGAAGACUUAGGCAGUGCACACUUAAUCAUAUUUUGGAAUAGAGCAUUUCCCGCAUGAACAGUUUAUGUGCAUGAAAUUUUGCACGUUUAGCUAACGUGUACACUUAUAAUCAUAUAAUGUUUCACCUUCAUGGCUGCACUUUUCUCGGAGUAAAAGAGAUAAGAUAAGCUUAUGUAACACAGCCUUUGGUUGAUGAGCAGUUGAUAACAUAUUUCUCCUUCACCUGCAGUCACAUAGGUGUUCUGCAGUUCCUGCGUUCUAUAACAAUGCUAAUGCUUGGAAAAGGAUAAAGUGUUGUACAUAUGAAUCCUUAAUAUUAAGGGGUGCAGUGUGAGGAUUUAAGCAUUAGAUUUUACAUGAAUUAUCAGAUUUGUAGCUGAAGCUUGGUAGAGAAUUGUAAUUAGUAUUUAACACAAGUGCAGUAUCAUUUUAUGUUUUUACAUGUAAUAUAUCAUUGUCAAUAGUGUUGAUUUUCAGCUAAUGUUAAAAAGAGGAAUAAUUUAUAACUCCUUGUGGUGUAUUUUUGUCACUAUUUAGCAGAAACUAAAGUAUUUUUGGUUGUGUUUCUUGGGAUUUUUCCGAUGAAGAAAUAAAGCUAGGUGUGUCUGACAUUUCAAUCUUUUUCUGUUGGAUUUUCCGCUGUUCACAAAUAAAACAAAUUGAGCAAA